AUGGACCCAGCAAAAUUGGCAAAACUGCAGGCCGCCGCUGCGGCGAACAGGAUCGGUGGCAAGGGAACCGUGCGCCGAAAAAUUGUGCGGAAAACUAAGCCAUCGGCGGCCCAGGAUGACAAAAAGCUGCAAGGCGCACUCAAAAAGUUGAAUGUGCAGCCCAUUGCGGGUGUUGAGGAAGUUAACAUGUUCAGGGAAGAUGGAAAUGUACUUCAUUUCACUGCGCCAAAAGCGCGUUGUAUCCCCCUCUCUUCUUGUGACAAGGCAAGGGUACACGCCGCUGCACCUGCCAACACAUUCGCUAUCUACGGCACAGGACAUGUGAAGGAGCUCACAGAGCUCGUCCCCGGCAUCUUGAAUCAACUGGGCCCUGACUCGCUCGCCUCUCUGCGCAAGCUGGCCGAGUCUUACCAGGCCAUUCAACAAGGCCAGCAACGACCUGCCCAGGAAGAGGCGGACGACGAUGACGACGAUGAUGUCCCAGAUCUUGUGGAAAACUUUGAUGUUGAGGCGGAUGUCAAGGCCAGCUUGGACUAG